AUGGAGUGUGUGAGGGCUGUUCAGAACUUAGAAGAUGAAGAGGUUGGAUUAGUUCCCACGCAAACAGGUCCUUUUCGUACAUCCCAGAACAACUUAUCUGAAGGGGUCUCUGUAUCAAGCAACCCACCCACUGAACCUCCUGACAACUUCAGUAAUACUAAACAGCAAAGUUCAAAAAUGUCGAAGGAUUAUAAAACGAAACUUCAACAAUUGAAAUGUGCUAGUGAUGACAGCGAUCCAGUCAAACGAUCUAAUACUACCAAGAGACCUGAUGAGAAAUUCACUUCUGCAUCCACUUCUACAGCCAGCUUUGGAGAUUGUCCAGCACCUUCAUCUUCCUACAAAUAUGGAAUUCGAAAAGGGAAACAACCCAGUAUCGUUUGGCAGCAUUUCGAAAGAAACGAUGCAUCAAGUGCAACAUGUAAGCACUGUGAAGGUGGAGAUGCCACCAACAGAAUCACGAUGGUUCUGCUAUUUUUACUAUGUGUCGCAAAGUUGCCGCUUUCUUUCGUGGAAAAUGCAGCUUUUAAACUGUUUAUGAAGGUGGUGGCUCCUCUUUACACAUUACCAAGCAGAAAGACAAUUACUACGAAAAUGCAAACUCGUUACGAGAUGUUGAAGCAGGCUUUCAAGCAGGUUCUGGCAGAAGUUGGAUCAUACACACUGACAUGUGACAAUUGGACCGAUGUAAGCAAUAAAAGCUAUCUAGGGGUAACAAUACAUUGGUUGUCAUCGAAUCUGAAGAUGAGAUCUGGGAGUUUAGGAGUCAUACCUCUCAGUAGUAAUCAUACUAUACCCUAUCUUCUUGAAAACCUGCUGAAAGUCAUCGAAGAUUUUGGCUUGGACUUGAAUAAAAUCUCGGCAGUUGUGAGUGAUAGUGCUGCAAAUAUUAAAGGUGCAGUGAAAGAACUCAUUGGAUCUCUACGACAACUGGCAUGUUUUGCUCAUAUUAUAUCACAUUUGAUACCAAAAACGUUGGCAUCAUUUGAUCAGUUGAAGGAAAUCAUCAGUAAAGUGAAGCACAUCGUUGCUCUCACCAGACAUAGUACAGUAGCAACUGAUGAACUCCUCCGCCUGCAACAACGCGAUGGAAAGGUACCUCUCAAAUUUAUAAUGGACGUCCCCACGAGAUGGAACUAUACGUUGACCAUGAUAAGAAGAUUUUUGGAACUCGAGGAAUAUGUGUAUCCAGUAAUGAUGAAGUGUAAAAAUACACCAAAUAUGUUGACUAGAGAAGAGAUCCUCAUCCUGAACGAUCUUGUUCGUCUAAUGGAACCUGUCGAAAAUGCCAUUGGAAUUAUCAGUGGUAGCACCUAUGCCACUGCCACUUUGGUGAUUCCGCUGAUUCGUGAAAUGUUCAAUAGCAUCGCCAGGGCUUCUCCUGGUACCAAAUUAGGAAAGGAGUUUCAGACAGCACUUACUCAACGUCUAGAUGAGGCAGUCGGAAAAUAUGAGUUCCAUGAAGUAUUGGGAAAAGCGACUGUAUUGGAUCCACGAUUUAAGAAAAUACCGUUCACGAAGCCCCUGGCGGCUGCAAAUCAUCUCGAAAGUAUUGAUAAAAUGCUGAAAGAAAGCUUAAAGGAGAACGAUGGUGAUAAGAGAGAAAAGUCAACGGAGGAGGAGGUCCCGAAAGACGUGCUAGGUAUCUGGGACUUACAUGAUGAAUUGGUGAAACGUCAAGUUCCUGAAGAAGAGGAGGGAGGUUAUCACUCAGAGUUACGCCAGUUUUUGAAGCUCCCAGUGAUCUCUCGCCAUGAUCAUCCUUUCGAGUAUUGGGAGAAAUUGAAACCAGCGUAUCCCACGCUCUACUCCAUAGCAAUAAAAUGGCUGAGCAUUAUCACAACCUCAGUCCCCUCUGAAAGACUUUUCUCCAAGGCUGGUAAAAUUAAGGACGAUGAUCGCUCGAGGUUAACUGGUGAGAAUUUGAAUAAGCUGCUCUUCCUAGGUAGUCUAACGCGCGAAGAAUAG